AUGGCGUCGUUGUCAAGCCUAUUACCUGCUCCUAUACAGCAAGUAUGGGAUCGAGAUGACGAACGAAAAGGGCAGCGCGUUGGUAGUGCCCUUGUUGUAUCUCAGACCAGCGUGCCUCCGUAUGGUCAAAGAAAAGGAUGGGUGCCGCGAGCAGAAGAAGAUUUUGGGGAUGGAGGUGCAUUCCCAGAAAUCCAUGUGGCACAAUACCCUCUGGGUAUGGGUGCACGUGGAAAAGAAAGCACUUCCAAUGCAUUAGCAGUACAGUUGGAUGAGUCUGGACGUGUUAAAUACUCUGCUAUAGCUCGACAAGGUCAUAGUGCUGAUAAGAUAAUCUAUUCUAAACUGACAGACUUACUGCCAUCGGAGGUUUUGGCAGAAGAUGACCCUAGUCUCCAGAAGCCAAAUGAAGAUGAUAUACAGGAUAUUACAGAAAAAACAAAGCAAGCUUUAGAGAAAUUGACAAAUGCCAAAAUAUCUGCUGCCCUGCCAGUGAAAGCUGCUCCAAAGGCAGCGCCAGCUCAGUACAUCAGAUAUACACCAGCUCAACAAGGAGGUACCUUCAAUUCUGGCGCUAAGCAAAGAGUCAUAAGGAUGGUGGAAGCACAAACAGACCCGAUGGAGCCCCCACGUUUCCAAAUCAACAAGAAAAUCCCACGAGCGGCACCUUCGCCUCCGGCGCCAGUGCUGCACUCCCCUCCACGCAGGGUCUCCGUUAAACAACAACGUGAUUGGAAAGUACCGCCUUGUGUCUCGCACUGGAAAAAUGCUAAAGGUUACACAAUACCCUUGGAUAAGCGCUUAGCAGCAGAUGGCCGUGGUCUCCAACAGGUUCAUAUCAAUGAGAACUUUUCAAAAUUAGCCGAAGCACUGUAUAUAGCAGAUCGGAAAGCAAGAGAAGCUGUAGAAGCCAGAGCACAAUUGGAAAGGAGAUUAGCGCAAAGAGAGAAAGAAAAGAAGGAGGAGCAUUUGAGAAUGCUGGCGCAAAGGGCUCGAGAUCAUAGAGCAGGAAUUAGACCAGCUGAUGAAGAAACAGAGGUACCUGAAUCAGAAGAAGGACUUACCGAUAUGGAAAAGGCUGAACGUGACAGGCUUCGAGCCGAGAGACACAAAGAGCGGCAACGAGAGAGGAAUCUGGCUCGUGCUGCUCCAGAUAAAAGGUCGAAACUGGUGAAGGACAGAGAGCGCGAUAUAUCCGAACAGAUAGCUUUGGGCAUGCCGGCGAAAACAAACCAGAGUGGCGAGGGCAUGUUCGAUCAGCGGUUGUUUAACAACAGCAAGGGAAUGGAUAGUGGCUAUGGGGACGAUGAAGCGUACAACGUUUAUGACAAGCCGUGGCGAAACCAGGAUUCAGUGGGCGCGCACAUCUACAGGCCCACCAGGAACGCCGACAAAGACAACUAUGGUGGCGAUAUUGAUGCCAUUGCUAACACUAGGAGGUUUGUAGCAGACAAGGAGUUUGCUGGCACGAGUAGCACCAACACACGUUCAGGACCCGUACAGUUUGAGAAGGAUGCACCGCCUUCUAGAGAAGAGCCUGCUUCUCGAGGCGGCGAUGCCGAGGCCGACUUCGAUCCGUUCGGUCUGGACCGAUUCUUGAGCGAGGCCAAGCGGGCCGACAAGACCGGUCGCAAGAGGGACCACCACGACAGGCACGAUGCACACGGGAAAAAGCGCCGCGACUAG